GAAUCUUGCGAAAAGACCUUCUCACGACGAUCAGAUCUUGCACGACACAACCGUAUCCACACUGGAGAACGCCCUUAUCCCUGUCUUCACCCAGGCUGUGGCAAGAGCUUCUUACAGAGGUCUGCUCUGACCGUGCAUUCCCGUGUGCACAGUGGAGAGAGGCCCCAUGAGUGUGAACACGCUGGCUGUGGGAAGAAGUUCUCCGAUUCCUCCUCGCUGGCCCGCCAUCGAAGGACUCACUCUGGCAAGAGGCCGUACGUCUGCGAGUACCAAGGAUGUGGUAAGCAGUUC